AUGUUAGCUCAGCCAAAAAAUAGAGUGCAAGCUAUAAAAAGUAAAUUUGAGAGUUUGAAAACUGAGAACGAAGUGCUCGUCGGCAGGAAAGUGAACCAUCUGAAUAAACAGUUUAUUCAAACGUCGCAGACCACACGAAAUGUAAAUAUUGAAAAUAUCGAAACAAAACCCAGCUUUGAAAACAAAGUCGACGAUGAAUGGUCGCCCAAACCGAAUACCAGUUACUUAUAUAGCAAAAGCGACGUGAAAAGAUCAUUGACUGAUACAAAAACGUCUUUAACACGACAAAUAAGUGACCCAGGCAAGAAGUUACACAGAAGUCAUGCAUUUCGUUGUGACCGUAGCCAGAAAAUCAACCAAAGUCCUAAACGUCACGGCAGUUGUAAUGGUAGAUCUGAAACUAGUGACUUUACAUUGAAAAUGGGUGAUAGAAAACUUAGUAAGGAGCGAUUGAAGCUUCUCGGUAAUUUCCUAGAGGAACAAAUGAAGAAAGAGAACUUUGUACCUCCCGAUCAUAUUAAUUCAAGUGAUGAUGUUGAUGCUAAAGUAUCAGAUUCGAUUCCGGAUUCCGAGGUUCCCAAACACAUUCUAGACCAAUAUGCCAAGGUAGUGAAAAGUAAGUCAGAUAAUCGUCAAGACUCCAUGACUGAUAGUGGAGUUAGUUCCGAGACGGAGAACAUUGAAGAAGAGAAGAACAAAAUAAAGAAACUCGUCUCACAAUAUGAGCAAGCUCCCAAUGAAGAUGUAAAGCCGAACUUAGAAGCAAUGAAUGAUAUUUCCGCCUCCAGUGAAACUAUGAAGCUGGAACGUAAGAAUCCUCAUCUCAUUCUGACCGAUACUCUCAAGAAGGCUUUGAAACAACCGUUACCUCCCGGCCCACCACCUAAAAAACCUCCACGAACCUUCGCUGCCCCAACAAUACAAGAAUCUCCGGAAAAGAAAGACACAAAGAAAAUGCUCGAGAAACUCGAACUUGUAUUACAGAAACGAGAAGCGGUUCAUGAUAAACCUAUUCACGAUGUUAAGAUAGAACAGGCAAAACCAAAGGAAAUUCACUAUCUAUGCACCGAAUUACUUGAUAUCACACAGAGGGGCUUAAAUCCGGUAAACCAGAGCCUCCGAGAUCCUUUAUCCAAAUGCUUUAACUCAUUAAACUGUGCCAUAAUCAACAAUUCAACUCUCAGCUUGCCGUACACUCGAUUAAGUGCCGAAGCUUGUCACACAUGCAGCAACGAUCAGUUGAAUACGGACAGAAUAAGCACGUUUCUAUCCGAGAAAUGCUCGAAAUGCCAAUCGAAUGCCACAUCCGAGGGCUUCAAAUGCCAUUUAAGUUGUAAAUGCCGCGAUGAGAAGUCCGAGUUCUUUGUCAAUGAACACAUAUACGAUGUGCCGUUUGUUGAAGUGAAAUGUAAAAGUGAAUAUGGUGCCUUGAAUGCUGUUCAAAGCAGGAGUAUGGAGGACUUGAAGGUUGAUGAGGAGAAAAUUUACGAUCUGCCCUGCGAAGAAUCGAGACCGCAGACUCCUGAAAUAAAAUCGGAAUUCCAGAAGCUCAGAGAUAAUUUCGAGAAACCCAAAGAAGUUACGGUCCCGCUGAAGGUUUGGAAGUCAUCGGAGAACGUGUCCAAGGACUUCAAAAUAGCGAAGAUAACUAUGGAGAAGAAGUUCUCCACUGAUGCAAAGAGAUAUAGGAAGAAUGUCAUGAGUCUGCCAAAGAGAGACAACCAGUUGGAUGUGGACAGGGAAAAUUUGAACCGUCUCAUGACGGAAAUCUACGAGACUGUGACAGCUGCUUGCAACAUGGAAGAAAAUAAACCGGGGAGCUUCCCCACAGAUCUUUCUGACACCAGUGAAGAAUCAGUGAAAUUAACCAGAAGUUUAACAGAGAAACGUAAGAAUUACGUCCGUCGGGUGUCAUCUCGAGUAGCGUAUUUGGACAAAAAUGCAAAGAACAACAGAUUUAGACACCAGACAUCUAUCUGUUCUUACAAGUCAGAGAUCAUAGAUAACCCAUACUCGACCUUCCGUUCCUGGAAAAGCUUCAGAUCUUCCCAGGGGAAUUUGAGCAGGAUGAAAAACGACAGCGAUUCCAUAGAUUCCAAACAGAAUCUGACAGAUUCUAGUGGAAAUUUGAUCACAAAUGUUGAGGAUAUGGACAAUUUGAGUAUUGAUGAGAAGAUGGGCUGCGUGGACAUUGAUUUGCCUUUUGAACCAAGAGAGAAAGGCCUUUUCAACUUCUGUCUUUUAGUCGGUUUGAAUUACAUGACCGGAGAAGCCUACGUGAAAAACGUCUUCCCAAAUCAGGUCCAGGUGCCACCUCACAUAGAAAACCUGAUCUUCCCUGAAACAAUAAGUUCUACGAGUGUUACUGACACAGAGAAAAUAACACAAAGUUACUCCUUAGUGUUGACAGAUGAGCGAGGAGAGAGAUCUUAUGGUUAUUGUCGCCGAGUGUUACCAGAAGGUGCUACUACUUGCCUGCCCCUUUGUUACUGCCUUAUUGGCAAGUAUAGGGCUCCAGGAUUCUAUUAUAAGAUACUUCAAGAAAUUGAAUCUCACCACGGCAGUUCAGAUAUAGAAAUGAACAUGAUACUACAACAGUUAUUUGAAACUGACUUCCCAAACCCCGGAGAGAAUAUAAGUAUUAUGUAUACAAAUGAUGCUAAGAACAAAUGUAGAACAUUACCUGACAUGAGGCAUACUGAGAGAAUUAUUACACCUGGGAACUCAUUACCAGAGUACUAUGAUCUUGAAAAUAAUAAUGAACCAAAGAAAUAUGAUUGUAUUGAACGACCGAGAUGCAGAACAAUAAAGAUGGCGUUAGAUCCUCGUGCCGAAGAGAACAGCUUGUGUGUUAUGUUGGAUCACUUGGGAGCGGGGCUGGCCAUUAAAGUGUUCGGUUCACUAUUACUGGAGAGGAAGGUCAUCAUUAUGGGGGAUCAACUUAGUAUAAUAUCCUCGUGCCUAGAAGCGCUCCAGCAUGUAUUAUAUCCGUUCGUGUGGCAACAACCGUUGAUAUCAGCGAUUCCCGAACAGAUAGCUGGCGACGUGCUCAGCGCGCCGCUACCUAUGUUGGCUGGGAUGUUGGAGCAUCCCGCUACCGGACUGCAGGAUGGCAUGUUGAUAGAUCUAACAAAUCCAUCGAAGGUGUUAUUCUAUCAGGGAGACGAGUCCACCAUACUCCCGACGUCCGCCUAUAAGUUACUCAAAACCUCACUACAUAUGGAAAGCAUCAAACACAAGGAUAAGUCAGAAGAUAUGAAAACAAGAAAUGUCAUGAUAUCUGAAGCAUUCCUGAGAUUUUUUGUGGAUAUUUUGGGAGAUUUCUGGAGAUUUUUCUCAAUGGGUGAAUUAAAUGAUGGAGAUUUGGGAAAGGAUGGCGUAAUAUUUGAUAAAGAUUCAUUCGUGAAGCAGACUUCAUCCAAACAGAAUCAAUAUUUCCUCGAGUGGUUCACUGAGACAGCUAUGUUCAACCACUUCAUACAAAAUAUGGCCGUAUGUUACAAGACCGCACCUCACACACCAGCCACCUAUCACGCCAAUCUAGAAACCAAUCUAGUUGAUCUAGUUGAUACGCCGCUACCGAACUUCUACGAACUAUUCUUUGAAAGGAUAAAAAGUAGAUCGAAAUCACAGAACGGUGACAAGUUAAACUAUAAGAACGCUGUUAACAAGAAAGUUAAAAUGUUGAAGACAAAGUUAAGAGAUCUGGUCGCUUGA